AUGGAUGGCCGGCCUGGCAGCUUCGCUACAGGUGUCUUCCGCGCGCUGCCAUCCGAUACCGCGCCGCGCAAGAUCCAGAAGCGCAACCGUCCGCCCGUCUCGUGCCUCCUCUGCCGCACCCGCAAGGUCAAGUGCGACCGCCAGCAGCCCUGCGAGCGUUGCGUCAAGAGCGGCGAGGCCUCCUUCUGCGAGUAUGCGCCCCGCGCCCCGCGCAAGCCAAAACCGUCUUCUCACGACCCGGCUGGCCGCCCUUUGUCCAGUUCCGCCUCGGCUCCGGACCACGGCCAUGCGCCCGGCAGUGGUGCUGGUAGUGGUGUAGGCACUGGCCAUUAUCGUGGAGGCAGUGGUGGAGGUGGCAAUGUGGUGGGCACCGACGCAGCAGCGCGGCCACUGCUGCAGAUGCGUCUCCAGAAACUUGAGGAUCUUGUCCACGGGCUCGUCCAGGCACCUCCACCGCCGCCGGCGCCGGCCACAGGCCUGCCUCAUGCCGGGUCUGGCAGUGGUACGGCGGGCGGACCUGGCGCUGGUCUGCCGGUUGCCAUGAACACGCCACGCAGCCUCGACCACCAGCCCACAGACUCGGAGAGCCGCUCCUCCGACUAUGGCUCGCCGCCGAGCUCGCACAUCCCUGGACCGUACGGCGCUGGCCAGAAUGCCACCCGCUUUGGCGAGAACACCUUUGUGGGUCCGUCGCACUGGGCGUCCAUCCUCGAAUCGAUCCAGGACAUCCGGGGCAUCAUCGCCGCAGAGUCAGACGACACCCUCCGCAGCCCGUCGCCGCCUCCGCAGCACCAUGUCUCCAGCACAUCAGACAUCCUAUUUAGCAGCUCGUCCAUCACUCUGGAGCAGGCCGUCUCGCAGCUACCACCCAAGCACCGCACCGACCAGCUCAUACUGCUCUACUUCCGCUCCAAGCUGGCCGCGGCGAGCUACAUCCACACGACAAAGUUCCAGCGCGAGUACGACGCCUUCUGGGAGCGCCCGGCCUCGGCAAGCCUGCUGUGGAUCAGCUGCUUGGCGUCAAUGCUGUGCACGGCGUCUUCCAUCUCCGUGGGAAAUGGCAAUGCCGUUAGUGAAUCCGACCCAGCUCACCCGGCCAAACUGGCCGUACUGGGGAAGAACUGCCUCGUGGCGGGCAACUACCUCUCUGGCCGGCCGUAUGCUAUCGAGGCGCUGAUGCUGCACGGCAUGACGGAAAAGGCGCGCACCAACGAGAUCGACCUGAGCCUGUGGGCCAAGUUUGGUGUGCUCGCGCGCCUGGCGCAGCGCAUGGGCUACCAUCGCGACCCGAAAUAUAUUGCCAACGUGACGGCUUUCGAGGGUGAGAUGCGCCGGCGCGUUUGGUUCUUCAUCGAGGUGUUUGACGUCAUCUUCUCGUUCCAGCUGGGUCUGCCGCCCAUCAUCCACAGCGAUGAGUGCGACACGGAAGCACCUAGUAACCUCUACGACUCUGAUUUCGACGAGCACACAGCCGUCCUGCCGCCGCCCAGGCCAGCUACCGAGCCUACGGCCACGCUCUACCUCUCCUGCAAGUUCAAGCUGUGCCGCCUGCUCCGCGAGGUGAUCCGGAUCAACUCGUGCAUCCGUGGUCCGACGUACGAUCAGGUCCUCGCGCUAGGGGACAGUAUCCACAGUUACCGCGCGCAGAUUCCGCCUCCUUUGCAAAUCCGCCCCGUGAAAUCGUACAGUUUCACUGAUCAGUCCGCCGAUAUCGUGCACCGGCUACUACUGGAGAUGAUGUACUUGCGCAGCCUGUGUGUGCUGCAUCGACCGUAUCUGAGCCGAGAAAAGGGCAGCCCGCGGUACGAAGUCUCCCGGACCACCUGUCGCGAGGCGGCGCUGCGGAUGCUGGACCUACACGCCGAGUAUGAGGCCGAGUCCCGGCCUGGUGGACGGCUCAGUGAUGAAAAGUAUAUCCUGAACAAUUUGGGCGGUCACGAUUUCUUGAUGGCCAGCAUGAUCUUGUGUCUCGACCUGACAGAGAAGCUGCCAAUAACACCUUCUGAGAGAUCAAGAAUCAUGACAGCUUUGAGCACAUCAUACAAGAUGUGGUCGGAGCGCAAAGCGGCCUCCAAGGAAGCUGCGCACGCCACGCGCGUGGUCGGUGCGAUCUUGCGUAAGCUCAGCAUGCAGGAUAUUUCCGCACCACAACCACAAGGACCACAACAAUCGUCAACAACGAACGGUUCGCCCGCGAUGAGCGGGCCACUAGUCAACCUCUCGCGCCCGUCCGCCACAACUGUCGACAACAGGACAUCCUCACCACUAUCACACCCCACCACAGCGGCUACCACGACAGGAUCGCCUUCAUCCUCCUCGCACGCAAUACCGCGUGACGGCUCACUAGCGAGCCUCCUCAACAACGACACGACUACCACAACACAGCAAUCCGCGCUUAUAACACCACCGCUCAGCACGUCCCCUGCAAUCAUGGCCCACGGGAACAACAGCACACCGUAUCCCACCGCGACCAGCGGCAGCGGCACAUACGACCAGCGGCCCGCGGGAUCAGGCACCGCAACGGGCACCGGACCAGGCAACGGCAGCGCCUUCUUCCUGCAUGGCAGUUAUCCCGCGAUCAUGGACCUAUCGCACGUGGACUUUGGCGACCCUGGGCUGUUGCCGCUGGACGAUGUGCUGAGUAACCCGAGCUUGGUGGACUGGGCAUUCAUUGAUCAGAUCCUGCUCGAUAACCCGGAGGGCGGAUUCAGGGCUCUGCAGUAA